AAACUGUCAGACCUCCCUGAGGGUGAUUUGCACUCUACUCUUCCAGAAGCCUCAGCAUCCCAACCAGCCAAACAAACCGUCGUGACGACCUUGCUGAGUCCACUGUCCACUCAUUUCGCCAUCCAUCUCGUCAUCAAGAGUCGAGCCUCACAAAAGCCCCUCAAAAUGUCUAAGGAAUACACAUACCAGGACGUUGCCGAGCACAACACCAAGAAGGAUCUCUUCGUUGUCAUCCACGACUCUAUCUACGAUGCUUCGAAGUUCCUUGACGAGCAUCCCGGUGGUGAGGAGGUCAUGCUAGAUGUUGCCGGACAGGAUGCGACCGAGGCAUUCGAGGACGUCGGCCACAGCGACGAGGCCCGGGAGACACUGGAGCAGCUCAAGGUGGGCACUCUAAAGCGACAGCCCGGUGACCCGUCCCCCAAGGCCCCCAUUCCCGGCUCCCUUGCUCCUCCCGCCAACAACACUGGCGCUGGAAUAGGCGUUGGUCUCUACGCACUCGUUGUCAUUGGCGGCGUGCUCGCAUAUUUCGGCUACCAGUACAUGCAACAGCAGCAGACACAACAGGCGUGAGCCUAGGCAGUUGAUAGACCCCGAUACGACCCCGAGUUGGGUAUAUGGAUUUUCAACACUAACAGUCAUUUUGGCGUCGACCAGCGCUGGAGCUUUCGAGGGGAGCAAAGGGCUCGCGUGAAAUUGAGUUGGGAGCCGUCAUUCAAUGCCGAGGCGACCUACUGGAGCCGGAGGUGGAGGUGUGGCUGCGGGCGGGGAGAUGGAAUCUCGGGGAGGUACGGAUUAUGCUGAGAGACACUCACAUACUUGAGCGUAUAGACUUGUAAUUUUCACGUCUCGUUAUCUUACCCAUG